UCCUCCCCUUCUGUCGAACAAUCCCCACGCAGGACGAGUGUGUUAUCGAGUGUGUUAUCUACUGCAUACAUACACUUAAAGACAUCAUUUCAAUUUAUUGCUGUGAAAUUUCUACAAUACUUGUCAAAGAAGUCUUUUUCUUCAUCAACAAAUAUGACAAUCAGAACCGCCCGUCCAGACCGAGGACAACAUUUUCGGCCACGUCUGCACUGUCUCAAAAAGUUGGAUGCCAUUGUGGUUGAGAUGCAGGACCCAAAAAGUGGGCUUAAAAGCUCUGAACAGAAACUCAACGUCACCACCAUUCCACAUGUCAUUGCUGGUAAAGACAUCAUUGCAUGGAUUGCUAACAAGAUGGCGUUCACCACAGAAGAAGCGCAGACCUUUGGCACCAUGCUAGUGGCCUACAAUUACAUCUAUGCCCUGCAGAACCACAAGAAGCUGGUGAUGUGCAAUGACAGCAGCCUUUACCGGUUCCAGACCCCAUACUUUUGGCCUACACAGAAAUGGGUUGCAGAUGACACUGACUACGCCAUUUACCUGGCAAAAAUAAACAUCCGCAAGAAAGGCAUGAUGGAACCCUAUGAACAGGCGCAGUACAACCACCUGCAUAAAUGGCUAUACCACAAGUGGGACUUUAUCGUGAUGCAGGCCACUGAGCAGUACAAAGCUGGUAGAGAAAGAAAUAAGUCAGAUCGUGUGGUGUUCGAUUGCCAGGAGAGAGCUUACUGGAUUGUGAACAGGCCACCGCGUCGUACUCAUAGUGCUUUGGAUAAUGGUCCGGACCGCCUUAUUGAUCCCAACACAGAUGAGGUAACAAGAUUUCUUUUCAUAAUGAUGAUGAGUGUGACAAUCUUCUGUGUAAACUACAAUCGUAAAAUCUCAUUUGACCAAUACAGACGCGUGAACAUGUUCUACCAACAAGCCAUCAUGAGGUCCAAAGUCAAAUCUAGUGUGUCACUUGGAGCACUGGUCAAGUACAUCACAACCUACAAAAACCAUGAUCCUUUUCUGGCACCCUGCCUACCCAGCAACCCCUGGCAGACAGACAACGACUCAUACUGGACUGUCAAUAUGAGAAGGGUUGAGAUCCCAACUAAAAUGCGAGUCGAGCGUUGGUCCUUCAGCUUGUUCGAGCUACUGACUGAUCUACGAGGGAGGGAUGACUUCAAGAUCUUCCUCAAGAAGGAGUUUAGCGGGGAAAAUUUAGCCUUCUGGGAAGCUGCUGAGGAGCUGAAGUGGGGAACUGCAGCUUCCAUGUCAACUAAAGCUGAGACAAUUUUCAAGACCUUCCUGGCCCCUGGCGCACCCCGCUGGAUCAACAUUGAUGGCAGGACUAUGGGUCUGACUGUUAAAGGCUUGGACCAUCCUCACCGCUAUGUGCUUGAAGCUGCGCAGACACACGUCUUCUUGCUCAUGAAAAAGGACACUUUCUUCCGUUACCUCAAGUCGCCGGUGUACAAGGACAUCCAAAAGAAAGCAUUGAACCCAGAGCCUCAUAACUUCAGUCAAGCCCAGUUAGAGCAAAACGCUCACAACCGAAGCCCAGGUAUCCACCCCAUCAUCCUUUGGAAGCAAGAAGAGGAGGAAAACGCUAAGGCUGCUGCUGCCUCUGCCCCUGUCGAUGUUAAGGCCAUGAUGAGUAAAAUUGACAGAAAGAAGUAAAAAAAAAAAAUAAUAAUAAUAAUAAUUUUGCAAAUGGUGAGUUAGUAACAUUAGAUAAAUUGCCAUUUCUAUCCUAAAAUAAUGACGUAACAUUUUUUGUAAUUUUAUUAUUUAGUUGAUAAAUUUCUUAGCAACAAAACCAUCUGGUACUGUUGAUAUGGCAUCUUAUCUUAUUCUAAAAUAUACAAGAUACAUAUACAUAUAUAGUUAAAUAUACAGUUAAUCCCUACAUUAUUCAUAACCAACAUGAUUUUUUUGUUUGGUGACUAUUUCAAAUGGAAAUGACACAAGUACAGUAAUAUAUUUAAUUUAUACAGUAUUUAAAGUCCUUAUAAAAACUAAUAAAAAUUUGGUCCGGUAUGAAUAGUUUGGUGCUUAACUUGUACUGUUAUACAGUACAAGUUAAGCACCAAAGUAUUCAUACUGUGAAAUUGGUUUCAAAAUGUUAUCAAUUGUCUGUAUCUGAAUGCUUUAACAUAUAAUACAGUAUGUAGUCUUGACAGUCUUAAUAGUUAUAGUCAAAAUGCCCCUAAUAACAAUAUAGGUUCAGUUUGGUGGUACACUGAACCUUUAGAAAUGUAAGUUCUUUGUAUAAAGAUUUGAUUGUAUUUGGGAUCAUGAGAAAAAGACCAACAUUGUGUUUGUAUUUGUGUAAAUGUGUUAGAAAUGCCCAAAAUAAAGAGGCCAUAUUAUUAUCAAAAUAUUUGA